GCUGCGCAGUCUCCUCGGCGCGCGGGGCGGUGAGGGCCGCGGGGCGGGCGGAGGCGGCGGGAGCCGAGCCGGGGAGGCCGGGGCCUGACGGGCCGGCGGAGAGCAGUCAUGGCGCCGCGCGGGGCCGGGGCCCGAGCUUCUGCGCGCGACCCGGGCGCCGAGUAGCCGGGCGGGGCCGACGCGCGGCGGCGGAGGGAGCAGCGCCCGCGCCCGCCCGCCCGCAGGCCGCCCGGCCGGCGAUGGUGACACAUGCGGCGGCGGCGCGGCGGGACCAUGGUUGAGCGCGCCAGCCGGUUCGUGCUGGUGGUGGCGGGCUCGGCGUGCUUCAUGCUCAUCCUCUACCAGUACGCGGGCCCCGGGCUGGGCCGCGGCGCCCCCGGCCGCGCGCCGCCCGACGACCUGGACCUCUUCCCCACGCCCGACCCGCACUACGAGCGGAAGUACUACUUCCCGACGCGCGAGCUGGAGCGCUCGCUGCGCUUCGACAUGAAGGGCGACGACGUGAUCGUCUUCCUGCACAUCCAGAAGACGGGCGGCACCACCUUCGGCCGCCACCUCGUGCAGAACGUGCGCCUCGAGGUGCCCUGCGACUGCCGGCCCGGCCAGAAGAAGUGCACCUGCUACCGCCCCAACCGCCGCGAGACCUGGCUCUUCUCCCGCUUCUCCACGGGCUGGAGCUGCGGGCUGCACGCAGACUGGACCGAGCUCACCAGCUGUGUGCCCGGCGUGCUGGACCGCCGCGACCCCGCCGCGCUGCGCGCGCCCAGGAAGUUCUACUACAUCACGCUGCUGCGUGACCCCGUGUCCCGCUACCUGAGCGAGUGGCGGCACGUGCAGCGCGGGGCCACCUGGAAAACCUCCCUGCACAUGUGUGACGGGCGCACGCCCACGCCCGAGGAGCUGCCGCCCUGCUAUGAGGGCACGGACUGGUCGGGCUGCACGCUGCAGGAGUUCAUGGACUGCCCCUACAACCUGGCCAACAACCGCCAGGUGCGCAUGCUGGCCGACCUGAGCCUGGUGGGCUGCUACAACCUGUCCUUCGUGCCCGAGGCCCGGCGGGCCCAGCUGCUGCUGGACAGUGCCAAGAAGAACCUGCGGGGCAUGGCCUUCUUCGGCCUGACCGAGUUCCAGCGCAAGACGCAGUACCUGUUCGAGCGGACGUUCAACCUCAAGUUCAUCCGGCCCUUCAUGCAGUACAACAGCACCCGGGCCGGCGGCGUGGAGGUGGACGCCGACACCGUCCGGCGCAUCGAGGAGCUCAACGACCUGGACGUGCAGCUCUACGACUACGCCCGAGACCUGUUCCAGCAGCGCUACCAGUACAAGCGGCAGCUGGAGCGCCGGGAGCAGCGGCUCCGGAGCCGCGAGGAGCGCCUGCUGCACCGCGCCCAGGAGGCGCCGCGGGAGGAGGCGGAGGAGCCGGGCCGCGUGCCCACCGAGGACUACAUGAGCCACAUCAUCGAGAAGUGGUAGUGGCGGCCGCAGGCCCGAGGGGCGGGGCCUUCCAGGUCCGCUCCCCGAGGGCAGGUGCGUCCAGAACUGAGACGGGGAUGGGCAGUGGCCCGGUGGGGCCGGUGCUCCUGGGUUCCCAGGCCUGGGUCUGAGGAACCCACCUGUGCCGCCCACGGGCUCGGGGGGAGCGGAGUCCUGUGGCCGUGGCAGCAGGUGGAGAUGUGAAGACAAGGGACAGACCACAGAGCCAGGAGUGGGGAGUGGCCCCGCCCACUGCACACACCUCCCUCCCUCCCCCUCCCC